AUGCAACAUCGGGUGGUGAGACGCAAAAUAAUGGCGGUCCGCUACGGUCUCAGCGGCCCUCGCAAGUCGGUCACCUCUCCCGGGGCGUAUUUAACAAUUAGUCAAAUCGAACUCUUAGCAGCUGAUGGCGAUUGCGGUGCGAAUCGAUCCGAUCCGAUCGCCGUCGUCUGUCUGCUCGUUAUGAGCGCCACUUCGUUUCUGCAGAACGAUCGGUUCUGCCUCAGCGAGCGAUUUAAGGCCCGUCAAAGUCGCUUGACGAUUUCGGUGGUCACCGAGGUGACAAUCAGCUAG